ACUCUCUUAGCGCGACGAAGAAAUAUUACUUCGGUUCGGUACGGCCCGCCACGUAUAUUUACGAUCUUCGCUCUAAAUCUCUCCGACUUUCUUAACUACUUUCUAGAGAUAUUACGCGGAUUCUCUUUACUAAGUUAUAUAAAAAGUUAUAAUUUUAACGUUAGCUCCGCUAUAUCUAAUAGUAUAAUAUCUUCUAGAACGAAUACGCUUUUUCGGAAAUAGUAAUAGCGAUAUAAUAUUAGUAAAGAAACUUUCUACGCGCUUUAGAAUAUUCUUUCUAUAGUUAAAUAUAAUAUAGAGCUCCAGAGAUAUAAUAAUAUUAGUAACUAAGUAUUUUCUUAGAGCGAGCCAUCGGAUUUAAAUAAACGUCCCGCGAAUAGAUGGCUUCUCGACGAAAUGAUUCUUAGUAUAGACGUAGAAUAUUUAAUUAUCGAUAACGACUCUAACUCUUAGCUAAAUACGGAUGAGAACUUUAUCUUUAGAAAUUUAAAUAUUAAAUAAUUUAAUGACAAUAUACUUACUAAUGAAUAUAAUAUAGAUACGGCCUAUAUAUCGAAACUUUAAUCUUUUUCGAAUAAUCUAGAUCUUUUACCUAGGAAUACCUCGAUCUUAGUUGAGCGGCUAUCUUCUAAAAACUCUCUA